AUGGGCAAACAUCCAGCCGUGGAACUGAAGGUCCUGAACCUCGGAGUAGCAGACGAAGACGACAAAUCACCAUUGCCCUCCGGACCAUCAACACAAAGAAACUCUUUAUCGGGAGAUGAUGCCUUUUUAAACUCAGCGCCCGACACGGAAGCAGAAGCAGGAUCCUCCUCUGACGACGACGAGACAUCACCAGAUACAUCGCUUACCUCUAACCAAACACUCUCACGAGGCAGAGCGAUAAUCGUCAUCACCCAACUCAUCAGCGUGCAACUAUUCUCCUCAUUCUGCAAUGGCGUUAUUGUGGUGGGGUUGCCCUCGAUUGCUGCUUCAUUGCAUAUGCAAGGGUCGCUGCUGCUGUGGCCUACAUCGGUGUUUUAUCUCACUGCUGGAGCUUGUCUGAUGCUGGCGGGGAGUAUUGCAGAUGUCAUUGGCACUAGACCUAUGGUGCUCACCAGCAGUGCUUUGUUGGCUAUCAGUGCAGCUUGCUGUGGCGUUUCUAGGAACGGAGCAGAGUUGAUUGCGUUCCGCGGAUUACAGGGGAUAGCUAAUGCUAUUGCUGUGCCUGCUUCUGUAUCCAUCAUCUCUACGCGAGUUCAAGAUGGUCAACCGAGAAAUAUCGGGUUCUCGUGUUUGGGGUUUGCGGCACCGUUGGGCUUUUUACUGGGCUUGGUGCUGGGAGGUGUGUUUGUAGAUGGGGUGGGUUGGAGACCGGCGUUUUAUCUUGUGGCUGCUGCAAGUUGUGCUACGGGUUGCGUGGGUGUGUGGGUGUUGCCCAAGGACGAGAAGCCGAAGACUUGGAGGUGUAUCAAGAAGCAGUUGAGGGAUGAGAUUGAUUGGGUGGGGACAGUCAUCUCGAGUACAGGGUUGGUGUGUUUGUCGUAUGCUUUGGCGACACUCUCGGCGGAUGUCGAUAAUAUCAAGACUGCAAAGACCAUCGCCCUGCUGAUCAUUGGACUCGCCACUGUUCCGGCUUUUGUUUGCUGGAUGAACCAUCAAGUAAAACACAAGCGUCCAGCACUCAUCCCCAACUCGUUCUGGCGUGAUUUCAGCUUCACGAGCAUUUGCAUUAUGAUUCUUUUCAACACCGCGGUUACCAAUGGCAUGGAAGUAUUUGCCAGUCUGUUCUUCCAACAGGUGCAAGGCCUGUCAGCACUUGGUGCCUCCAUUCGUAUCCUGCCUUCUCUGAUCACAGCUGUACUGACUAAUGUCUCGACUGGCUACUUUGUCAAUCGCAUGCCAGUCAUGUGGAUGGUGCUGAUUGCCUGUGGAUUAUCCGCAUUGUCUCCCAUGCUCAUGGCAAUCAUAAAUCCACGCUGGCCAUACUGGUACAUGGCCUUUUUCGCACAGCUCCUCCAAGGCAUAUGCUUCAAUGUCCUGUUCACAGUCGGACUUCUGAUCAUCUCUGCAAUCUUUCCACCACACACGCAAGCUCUGGGAGGCGCUGUAUUCAACACUUGUGCCCAACUGGGUACUUCCAUCGGUCUGACCAUCACUUCUGUGAUCUCCGAUUCACGGACAGCAGCUACGAGUUUCGAGGACAAGUCAAGUCCUCAAGCGUUGAUGACGGGCUACCGAGCCGUGUUCUGGGCCUUGUUUGCUUGGAUGGUUGUCGUUUUGUGUGCAGGUGUGGGCGGAUUGAGGAAGGUGGGAAAGAUCGGAGUGAAGAGAGACUGA